AUGGCUGGCAGGCUAGCAGGUGAGCACACCCAGGCGCUCUCAGCGGGUGCACCUCCGACGGGGCGCAGCCGGCCGGGGGCGGACUCCUGGAAGCUUCAUUCAGCGGCCGUAGGUGGCUGUGCUGGGCCGCAGCCUGAAAGCGGGAGAAGCAGCCUUGCAGUGCGCCCUGCCCGUUAUGUGCACCAGACUUUAGGGGAAUUGCCCAGUGACGUGAAACAACUUUGGGCCAAUGGCACGGCCGGAUGCCCGGAGGGGCGAGGCACCAAGGACCAACCCUCCCCGCCUAGCCCGCCUCCUCCCCGGGUUAGCCCGGGCGGGGCCCAGCGGCUCCCCGGAGGCCAGGUCACCACUCCCUUCCAGCUACCCUUGCUGGGGCACCAGAGAGAGAGAAAUCUGGGGCUGCUGUGCGACCCGCCAACCAGGCGCUGUCUGGAGGUGCUACCUGUCCGUUCAGGUCACCUGUGCUGGCUGAGAGGUCUCUGGACGCCGGUGGCGCAGCGUGCAUUUUCUUUUAGGAACAGAAAGAGCAAGCUCACCCGGACACGCACGCACAGGCACAAACGCACCCGGACGACCAGGACAUGCUCAGACUUAUACCGAACCACAGCCACAGACACCGAGACACACCCGCGCCCGCUCACUCUGGAGACGACAGCUGUCUCCUGGUCCAACAGAGAGGUGGCUAUAAACAAACCCAGGAACACCCAGAAGCAUGAGGAAAGAAACGCACAUAAGCGCUCCUGUGGAGACAUGGAGUGCGGACUACUCAGACACGGGUGUCCACAUCCAGUUCUCCAAAGGAUCCCUCUGAGAGCUCUCCUCUUGGGUCUGGGAUACCCUGGACCACUAUGGCCGAUUUCUCCCCCAACAGUGCUUCCUUUAGUUGAUGAUGUUAACAUUGAUAGUACCAUCCCCAAACAAGCCGUCAGUCACUUUGCCGUCACCUUGGCAACUGUGAAAUGGAGCAGUGCAACCAGCAAAGCUCUCCAAACAGGUGCUUAUGCCAGAUGAAUUUAAUUUCCUGCUAUGCUCCGGUUUUAUGAGAGACACGCUAAUAAAUCCUCUACAUCCCAGGGGCCUUGGACAAAAGGAGAAGGCAUUAAAAUUAGAACAAGGGAGGAGGAGGAGGCAGGAGGGAGGGGAUAAUUCAGUUGACCUCAUACAGGACUCUUUGACCUGAAAAAAAAAAAUUAAUCAUUCAAAGGGACUAAACAUCAACAGCUUUCUCGAUUGGCAUUUGCAAGAGACUGAA